CUUGCACCCUCAAAGCGUGAUCCCGCAGCCAUAUCAGCCCUCGCGCCGAAUAACAAGAAAUCCUCAAAACGGCUCUCUCCUCUAAUACUGACGGAGAUAGCGACUGCACAACGGACAAAUCAUCUACAAUCCACCCGCCAACCCGGUAGAUUGUUGCUGGUGGCCGCCUCGAUGCGCCCCUCUACUUCGGUUUCGGCUCUCCUGGCCGCCAUGGCCUUCGCCGGCCUGGCCCUCGCAGGCCCAAUCGCCUACGGUAUCUGCCAAGCCGGCUGCGCGGCCCUUGUCAUGGCUUGCUACGCUGCCGCUGGCGCUACUUGGGGAGCCACGUUGGGCGCCACGGCUCCAGCUACCGUUAUAGCCUGCAACUCUGCCUUUGGCACUUGCCAGGCCGGCUGCGCGACAGCGCUUCUCCUUCCCAUCCCGUAAUAUGGAGCAGGGGACAAGGCCGAGCAUAAGAACAUAGGGGAGGACUGGAUGUGCAGCCAAUAUUGUAUGGAGAGGGAGAACUUUGGAUCAUGUGUUCCGUCAGAGAGUAACGGAAUGGAUACAUAGCAACGAACGAACAUAUUCUCCCUGACGGAGCUUCC